AUGUCUCUCGGUGGCUGGAGAUGUAACAAUAUUGCGGAGCAUUAUGCCAAAGGUCACCAGGACAAAUGGGGUAGUAUUAUUGGCAUAGGCGAUUUCCUCACAUAUCGCAAUCGAGAUUCUUUCCAGAAGUUUAUUGUGAGAACUAGGGACCACUCCCUACGCAUAAUUGAGGACAUUGAGAACGACGCUACUGACUUUAAGACGUCGAUUGUAAGGCAGCACUUGAAUAUACUAGAAAGUAAGCCAAACCUGCAACCUAACAGUUUUCAAGUGAACAAAUGCUAUCUUUGUGGCGGCAAAAGGCUCGGUGAUGGUGUGAGUAUGGAUAUUUUAUUGAAGCCUGUUGAGGCUGGCCCUCGUGUCCUCGCUGUCGAUGGCGGCGGUGUCAGAGGCAUGGCUUCAAUUCGUAUGCUUCAACUCUUGGAAGACGAGAUUGGCGUCAAGUGCUCGGAUGAUAGCGGUGACAAUCUUCCAAUAUUACACGUCUUUGAUCUUCUCCUCGGAACAAGCUUAGGUGGUAUCAUCACUUUAGGACUAGGAGUGAAGUCUUGGUCCGCGAGGACUGGUACUGAUAAGUUUAAGACUUUUGCAAAAGACGCUUUCUACUAA